AUGCCAUUCGCCUUGGCAAGCUGGGUUCCAUUCCUCAACAAGGGAUUUGCCAGCAUCUGGGCAAAAGGAAUUUCUUGCCCGCUCUGUGAUAACAUAAUCAAAAUGGGCCCAAAUGACUGCCCCGAUAGGGAAAUGGCAAUGGUCGUCCUUCACUCAAUGGCGGCGGCGGCGGCUUCAUCCUCUAACUCCGUUUCAAACUCCGUGUCCUCCUUCACUCCUCCUCCUCCUUUACCCAAACAACAACAGGGUGUUUCGAGUGAAAUUAAGGGUUCUGAAGAGCAAAACAAAGGAUCCACCAAAGACCCAUUUGAGGACAUCGAUAACCAGGAACAAAUUGAUAAAUUCCGGAAAUAUGAGGCUGAUUAUAAACGUUACAUGAUGUCAAAAUACUUCUCUGACAAAACUAUCUUUGGAGGCAAUAUAUUUGACGUGAAGAUGAAUAUAGAUGGCCAGACCAUAACAGCAAGCAGGAUGCCUCCACACCAGUCUUAUUUAGAUCCAGCAAAUUUUGAUGAACUGAACAGCAAAGGUCAGUCUGCUGCAGCAACAGAAACCCCAACAACUAGUACUUCAAGUGGGAAGCCCUCGACAAACACAAGUGACAACUCUUAG